UUGCCUUUAACAUCGGGUUCUGAUAACCGUCGCUCACAUCUUCUAUUAACCAUGUCAACAGCAAGAAGCUCCAAAGUACGAAUACGCAAUUUCAUCGGAAGAAUAUUCUCGCCGAGUGAAAAAGACAAAGAUAACGAUGAGAUGAAGCCAUCGUCAUCUGCAAUGGAUAUUAGUCAGCCAUAUAACACAGUCCAUCGAGUGCACGUCGGUUACGAUGGUCAGAAAUUCAGCGGACUCCCUCAGCCAUGGAUGGAUAUUCUUCUCCGAGAUAUUAGUCUUGCCGAUCAAAAGUCAAAUCCGAACGCAGUAGUGACGGCGUUGAAGUUCUAUGCACAAUCGAUGAAAGAGAACGAGAAGACAAAGUUUAUGACAACGAAUAGUGUUUUUACAAACAGUGAUGACGACGAUGUGGAUGUGCAGCUGACCGGACAAGUUACAGAACACCUCAGGAAUUUGCAAUGUACGAAUGGUUCCUCAUCUACUCCGUCCACGUCUUCCUCAUCUGCACGUCCUCUGACGAACGGAAACAGCACUUUCUCAUCAUCAUCCACAGACGCUUCUCUGUCACUAUCAGAACGGAAUAACGUGCCGUCACCGGCUCCAGUUCCCACAUCUGAAAGUGCACCACAGUUAAAGUCGUUCACUGGAGAAGCACCGAAACUGCAUCCAAGAUCACCGUUCCCAACACAGCCUCCGGUUCUUCCUCAACGAAGUAAGACAUCCACACCUAUCACGACGCAUUCCAACGCAAAUGGUGCUCCAGUGCCGGGAUCAAAAGGACCCCCAGUGCCUCCGAAACCAUCGUCUUUUCCCGCGCCUCAUUCGUUCAUCAUCACUUCUUCUAGUACCGUCAGCAGAUCAUCUGUUUCUACAGUGUUAUAUCAAGUUCUUCUCUUCUGUCCUUUUCUUAGAUUUUCAUCGUGUUGCGCCCUUCUCUCUCCCUCUUUCGGGUAG